GCGGCGGCCAGGAUCAUGUCGGGCCGCCGCUGCGCUGGCGGGGGCGCGGCCUGCGCGGGCGCGGCGGCCGAGGCCGUGGAACCGGCCGCCCGGGAGCUGUUCGAGGCGUGCCGCAACGGGGACGUGGAGCGAGUCAAGAGGCUGGUGACGCCAGAGAAGGUGAACAGCCGCGACACGGCGGGGAGGAAGUCCACCCCGCUCCACUUCGCCGCAGGUUUUGGACGGAAAGAUGUAGUUGAAUAUUUGCUUCAGAAUGGUGCAAAUGUCCAAGCACGUGAUGAUGGGGGGCUUAUUCCUCUUCAUAACGCAUGCUCUUUUGGUCAUGCUGAAGUAGUCAAUCUCCUCUUGCGACAUGGUGCAGACCCAAAUGCUCGUGAUAAUUGGAAUUAUACUCCUCUCCAUGAAGCUGCAAUUAAAGGAAAGAUUGAUGUUUGCAUUGUGCUCUUACAGCAUGGAGCUGAGCCAACCAUUCGAAAUACAGAUGGAAGGACAGCAUUGGAUUUAGCAGACCCGUCUGCCAAAGCAGUGCUGACUGGUGAAUAUAAGAAAGAUGAACUCUUGGAGAGUGCCAGGAGUGGCAAUGAGGAAAAAAUGAUGGCUCUGCUUACACCAUUAAAUGUCAACUGCCAUGCAAGUGAUGGCAGAAAGUCAACUCCAUUGCAUUUGGCAGCGGGUUACAACAGAGUAAAGAUUGUACAGCUGUUGUUGCAACAUGGAGCUGAUGUCCAUGCUAAAGAUAAAGGUGACCUGGUGCCCCUGCACAAUGCCUGUUCCUAUGGUCAUUAUGAAGUAACUGAACUUCUGGUCAAGCAUGGUGCCUGCGUAAAUGCAAUGGACUUGUGGCAGUUCACUCCUCUUCAUGAGGCAGCUUCCAAGAACAGAGUUGAAGUGUGUUCUCUUCUCCUAAGUUACGGCGCAGAUCCAACACUGCUGAAUUGUCACAAUAAAAGUGCUAUAGACUUGGCUCCAACACCACAGUUAAAAGAAAGAUUAGCAUAUGAAUUUAAAGGUCACUCGUUGCUUCAAGCUGCACGGGAAGCUGAUGUUACACGAAUCAAAAAACAUCUCUCUCUGGAAAUGGUGAAUUUUAAGCAUCCUCAAACACAUGAAACAGCAUUGCAUUGUGCUGCCGCAUCUCCAUAUCCCAAAAGAAAGCAAAUAUGUGAACUGUUGCUAAGAAAAGGAGCAAACAUCAAUGAAAAGACUAAAGAAUUCUUGACUCCUCUACACGUUGCAUCUGAGAAAGCUCAUAACGAUGUUGUCGAAGUAGUGGUGAAACAUGAAGCAAAGGUUAAUGCUCUGGAUAAUCUCGGUCAGACUUCUCUGCACAGAGCUGCGCAUUGUGGUCAUCUACAAACCUGUCGCCUGCUCCUCAGCUAUGGGUGUGAUCCUAACAUUAUAUCCCUUCAGGGCUUUACUGCCUUACAGAUGGGAAAUGAAAACGUGCAGCAACUUCUUCAAGAGGGUAUCCCAUUAGGUAAUUCAGAGGCAGACAGACAAUUGCUGGAGGCUGCAAAGGCUGGAGAUGUAGAAACUGUAAAAAAAUUGUGUACUGUUCAGAGUGUCAACUGCAGAGACAUUGAAGGGCGUCAGUCUACGCCACUCCAUUUUGCAGCUGGCUAUAAUCGGGUGUCUGUGGUGGAAUAUCUGCUGCAACACGGAGCUGAUGUGCACGCUAAAGAUAAAGGAGGCCUUGUACCUUUGCACAAUGCAUGUUCUUAUGGACAUUAUGAAGUUGCAGAACUUCUUGUUAAGCAUGGAGCAGUAGUUAAUGUAGCAGACUUAUGGAAAUUUACACCUUUACAUGAAGCUGCAGCAAAAGGAAAAUAUGAAAUUUGCAAACUUCUGCUCCAGCAUGGUGCAGACCCUACAAAGAAAAAUAGAGAUGGAAAUACUCCCUUGGAUCUUGUUAAAGAUGGAGAUACAGAUAUUCAAGAUCUACUUAGGGGAGAUGCAGCUUUGUUGGAUGCUGCCAAGAAGGGUUGUUUAGCCAGAGUAAAGAAGUUGUCUUCACCAGAUAAUGUGAAUUGCCGUGAUACCCAAGGCCGACAUUCGACCCCUUUACAUUUAGCAGCUGGUUAUAAUAACUUAGAAGUUGCAGAGUAUCUGCUACAACAUGGAGCUGAUGUGAAUGCUCAAGACAAAGGAGGACUUAUUCCUUUACACAAUGCAGCAUCUUAUGGGCAUGUAGAUGUAGCAGCUUUACUAAUAAAGUAUAAUGCGUGUGUCAAUGCUACGGACAAAUGGGCUUUCACACCUUUGCACGAAGCAGCCCAAAAGGGACGAACACAGCUUUGUGCUUUAUUGUUGGCCCAUGGAGCUGAUCCAACUCUUAAAAAUCAGGAAGGACAAACACCUUUAGAUUUAGUUUCAGCAGAUGAUGUCAGUGCUCUCCUGACAGCAGCCAUGCCCCCUUCUGCUCUGCCUUCAUGUUAUAAAUCUCAAGUGCUCAAUGGCGUGAGAAGCCCAGGAGCCACUGCAGAUGCUCUGUCUUCAGGUCCAUCCAGCCCAUCAAGCCUUUCUGCAGCCAGCAGUCUUGACAACUUAUCCGGCAGUUUUUCUGAACUGUCUUCAGUAGUUAGUUCAAGUGGAACAGAGGGUGCUUCCAGUUUGGAGAAAAAGGAAGUUCCAGGAGUAGAUUUUAGCAUAACUCAGUUUGUAAGGAAUCUUGGACUUGAACACCUAAUGGAUAUAUUUGAGAGAGAACAGAUCACUUUGGAUGUAUUAGUUGAGAUGGGGCACAAGGAGCUGAAGGAGAUUGGAAUCAAUGCUUAUGGACAUAGACACAAACUAAUUAAAGGAGUUGAGAGACUUAUCUCUGGGCAACAAGGUCUUAACCCAUACUUAACUCUGAACACCUCUGGAAGUGGAACAAUUCUCAUAGAUCUGUCUCCUGAUGAUAAAGAGUUUCAGUCUGUGGAGGAAGAGAUGCAGAGUACAGUCCGAGAGCACAGAGAUGGAGGUCAUGCAGGUGGAAUCUUCAACAGAUACAAUAUUCUCAAGAUUCAGAAAGUUUGUAACAAGAAACUAUGGGAAAGAUACACUCACAGGAGGAAAGAAGUUUCUGAAGAAAACCACAACCAUGCAAAUGAAAGAAUGCUGUUUCAUGGGUCUCCCUUUGUGAAUGCAAUUAUUCAUAAAGGCUUUGACGAAAGGCAUGCCUACAUAGGUGGCAUGUUUGGAGCUGGGAUCUAUUUUGCUGAAAACUCUUCCAAAAGCAAUCAGUAUGUGUAUGGAAUCGGAGGAGGUACUGGGUGUCCAGUACACAAAGACAGAUCUUGUUACAUUUGCCACAGGCAGCUGCUCUUUUGCCGGGUAACCUUGGGAAAGUCUUUCCUGCAGUUCAGUGCAAUGAAAAUGGCACAUUCUCCUCCAGGACAUCACUCAGUCACUGGUCGACCCAGUGUAAAUGGACUAGCAUUAGCUGAAUAUGUAAUUUACAGAGGAGAACAGGCUUAUCCUGAAUAUUUAAUUACUUACCAGAUUGUAAGGCCUGAAGGUAUGGUUGAUGGAUAAAUAGUUGUUUUAGGAAACUAGCAACACUGAACCUAAAAUCAUCUAAGCAGCUGGUGGCCUCGUAAGUUUUACUCCUUUGCUGAGAAAAAUCAUCUUGUCCACAAGCCUGUGGCAAAAGGUUAAAAAUGUGAAAGGAUUUUAACAUUCUGACUUGAUAAAGCUUUAAUAAUGUACAGUGUUUUCUAAAUAUUUCCUGUUUUUCAGCACUUUAACAGAUGCCAUUCCAGGUUAAACUGGGUUUGUCUGUACUAAAUUAUAAACAGAGUUAACUUGAAUCUUUUAUACGUUAUACAUUGAUUCUAACAGAAACUGUAAUUCCCCUCAACAGAACUCAUUUUACUAAUAUAGUACUGUGUUCUUUAAAACACAGCAUUUACACUGAAUACAGUUUCAUUUGUAAAACUGUAAAUAAGAGCUUUUGUACUAGCCCCAUAUUUAUUUACAUUGCUUUGUAAUAUAAAUCUACUGUUUUAGAACUGCAGCGGUUUACAGAUUUUUUUCAUAUGUACUGCUCAUCUGUACUUCAUCUUGCAUCAUCAUGAUUGAAUGAUCUUUUACCUUUGAUUCCAGAGGCUAUGUUGAGUCGUUAGCAGAGACCUUGUCACUUGGGAAGGAUUGAUUCAUCAGAUUUAAUUCGCUGAUGGAAGCAUUUAUGUCUCAUUAGAAGUCUUUCCCAUUUAAGAGCUUGUUUCAUAAAUACUCUGGGAGUUUAAUUUGUGAUAACUUUGUAUGUAUAACACACAUUCCAAAGAGCUCUAACUAUGAUGGUCCUGAUUAUUAAAGACACUUCUUUACUAGCCUCAAACUCUGGGUUUCACAUUGGAAAAUUUUCUCAUGUCAUUUUGUGAAAAUUAGAGCAAGAGCUUCUAUUUUUUAGAGAGGCUAAAUCCUGCCACUGAACAAUUAUAGUGUUCUUUUCAUGGAAUGUAAAUAGGAAGUUGAAUUUUCAGAUGUGGGAAGGGUAAUCCUGAAAUUUUUCCAGCCUGUUCUAAUUAGCUUAAAUCUAAAGGGAAAAAAAUAGCAGAUGGGAGUGGGUAGUUUUUUCUCUGAAGUUAUUUUUCUCCUGUUCUUUUUCUUUGGCCUUACUGUUUUACUUAUAGCCAGUCUGUACACCAUAGGUAAGCUCAACCCAAAACCAUGAAAUGUAGGUGUCCCAGUUCUCUCCUGGCCUCCUGAAUAGGCAGGUGCAGUGAAAUGGGUGCUUCCGCUCCUGGGUUGCCUCAUCAUGACGUGGUACACCCACUUGGAAAUAACGCUUUGUUUAUGCACCACCUGGUGACCAGGCUCGUUGGGCAGCUGUGGAGGGGAAUGCUAUCCCAUAAAAUGCCAUUCCUAUUUUUUAACAUAAAACUAUCUUUUCCAUGAAAUAUGCUAAAGCAUCUUGGUACAGAGACAUGAGUUACAGCUUGGCAGUCUGUUUGUUGACUGUAGUUCUCUCAGAAGUCAAGGCAAGAUUGUUACCUAUUAAAUCUUUGUUAAUGAGGCUGUUCCCCUUCACUCUCUGUACCAGUUCACAUUUGUUUUACAUUUUAUUCGGUCUCUAAAUUAACUGGGCUUUUGCAGUAACUUGUACAUAAAGUGCUAGAAAAUCAUGUUUCUUGUCUUGAGUAAGAGUUAAUCACAGUAAAUGUAUUGCAUAUCUGGAGUUGUGUUUCUAUGAUGUAAAUUGUGAUCAUUUAAGAGGUCAAUUCCUGACCAUGAAGUGCUUUAUACAGCUCUCUAAUAAUGGCAGAUAUCCUAACGUCAUUCUUGGAACACAAAUGGAGUAUGCCAAAUUUUAUGUAAUUUUUCAGGUUCUGGAAGCUAGGUUUUAUAAUUAGAAGAUAAUGAGAUGAGUUAAUGGAGUUUAUAUUUACAUACCUUAUCUCUCAACAUUUAGCCCAUAUUGCUCACCCUAUGAGUGACUCUGGAAUUGCUUAUCAUGUAAAAUCAUCAUGGUCUAUGAGUUUACGAUAUUGCAGCCUGUGUUGUUUCAUCUAAUCCAUUGCUUAAUUAGUGUGUUGCUUUUCUAUGAAUGAUUAUAUUGUGGUUAAUAUGUUAGCAUGGCAAUAUUUCAGAUAGCUUUUUGUUAGGAGCUUGGGGGGUGGUUGGGGGUGACUGGGGAUUUCUUUGAAGUUUUUGCAUGGAAUACCUUACUUUAUUGAUGAUGGAAUUGCUUUUUCUUUUGUCUUGUGAUUUUUUUUUAAGAGAUUUAAAUUUUUGUGUGAGUAGUACUAUUAUAUCCAUCUUGAGUGUCUUACUUGUAUCACAUUCCAUACCCUCAUUUAAUUCUUAAUAAACUGUUCACUUGUUUUUCUGGGUAGCAUGGUAAUUACUGGAAUAGCAUAAAUGUGUUGUUGAAUGGUCUUUGAGAAAAUGGAUUAAGAUUACAAUAAACCACAAUUUCAGGAAAAUAAUGUAGUUCUGAGUCUAAUAGUGAUAAAGACUGCAGUUUAAAAUCUGAAAUACUGAAUGUCGUGACCAUACCUGCUCAGAUGCUUUAAGAUGAAAGUAGCUGUCAGACACUUUUAGACAUUUAGUCUGUCCUACACAAGUUUUGGCAAACCUUAAAGCUGUUUCCUGGGAAAUCUAUCUCUUUUUUUUUGGCCACACCACACAGUUUGCAGGGUUUUAGUUCCCCGACCAGGGAUCAAACCCGGGCCCUCGGCAAUGAGAGCUUGGAGUCCUGACCGCUGGACCGCCAGGGAAUUCCCCUGGGAAAUCUAUCUUAACUUAUAAAGAGGAAUAAGAAUAUAUUUUUAUAUUCCGUGUCAUAGAAAAUUUCUUUAUAACUUUACAAAUCUUAAAGUUAGUAGUAUUUAGUAUUCUUAAAAGAAAGUAUAGUAAGAUAAAUGUAUUUUAGGUUUCAAUAUGCUAAGUGUCUGUGUGUGUGAUCAGGUCCCUGCUUACCAUAAUAGGAGAAUGAUGGUGCAAAUAAUCCAUAAGUCAUUUGGCUUUGAAAUAUUUUUCAGCAGCUUUAUCUUACUGCUUGAUUUGGUAUAAUAUUAAAGUGUUCGCUUGCUAGUUCCUAAGCAUGCAUGCCAUUGUAUGAUGUGAUCCAGUUGUUUGCAGGGUGAUGAGGAGAGAAAACUUGCAAAUAAAUUUCCCUAAGCUUUUGUGAUUAGUAUUCCUGACUGGCCCUUUACCUACUGUCCUGUCCUAUCAGAGGACUAGAGUAACAGAGGAAGCAAGUGGUCAUAUACAUUCUUCACCAGGAGAACUGCCAGAUUUGUGUAGAGUUAGACUGUAAUGUGGCCUUUUCGCUAUCUGCUGAAUCUCUAUCCGCCUCCUCCUUUUCAUGCUUACUAGCUGAGGAAGACUGACAUAAAAUACUUAAUGAUACCUUCUUAGAAGGUUCUUGCUCUCCAUAUACAAGCCACCAUUGUCAGAAGUGUCUUCUCCACUUUGUUAUUCACCCACAGUAGUCAUCAUCAUCACAAAAAUCUGCACAAAGCCCCUCAGAUGGUCUGCCAAUACACUGUGGAGCGGUGCUACGCAAAAGUGGCCUGCAGGUGGGGCUGGUCUGCAACCUAUUUGUUACCAGCCCGUGGAGAGAUGAAAACAAAAAUUGAGAGGAAACUUUUAUAGCAGUUUGACAUUGAUGCAAUGUUUUAAAUUUCUUUUUUCUUCUUUUUUUAAGGCCGUGCCGUGCAGCAUGUGGGAUCUUAGUUCCCCAACCAGGGAUCAAACCCAUGCCCCCUGCAUUGGGAGCAUGGAGUUUUAACCACCGGCCUGGCAGGGAAGUCCUCUUAAAUUUCUUUAACUAAAAUAUUGGUCUGCAACAAAUUGGAAAUUAAGAGGAAAACAGAAACAGUAGUCCCUCACAGAUAAUUUGAAAGGUAGAAGAAAGAUAUGUUUUUUUUACCACUAGACCCAUCACUUAGCACAGGCUGACACAUAGUAAUUCCUCAGUAAAUUUUUGUUGAGUGAAUAGUGAUUAAGUGAUUGGGCUCUAGAUGGAUCUGGAUUUGAAUUUUACCUUAUCCCACACCAGUUUUACAGCCUUGAACAUAUUACAUAACCUUUAUAAGCCUUACAAUACUUAUCUCAUAGGUUUGUUGAGGGAACUAAAUGAUCUUCUGUAUGUGCCACUAAGUGCUGUACUUGGCAAAAACUGGUUAUUGUAAUUAUAUUAUUAUUUCCCUGAAUCCCCAGGACCAGUGGUUGAGUUUUCUCACUUGUCAUGGAGAUAUAGAACAUAGAAUUUUAAAACAGCAAAAUUUAUUUGCCACUGGACUGCUCCCUUUGUUCCAAUGAAACCUUAAGAAGCUCAAAUAUGAGGUAUGUAUGUCCCUAGGAGGCUGAGGAUCUCAGUUUGAAAAAGACUAACAAAAGCACAUAGACAUUAUGGCAACCUGGUUGGGGAAGGAAGACAUACCCAUAACCCAAGCCUGCAUCAUAUUCCUACAGUACAGAAGAAACAAACUCCACUCAAAUGAACUCAUGAUCAAAAGUCCAAAACAAUCCACUGUGAGCAUAAGUCAGUAGACACAACCUUAGAGCUUUAGCACCCUCACAAACUUAAUGUAGGAUGAUAACUAUGGAAUAAGAAUAUUUAAAAUGAUUGGCUGGGGGAGGAAAGCAUAAAAACCAUUAGAAAAGAUGACACUGGAAAAGGCAAAGUAGAUUUGAAAAGCUAACUCUUUUGGGGAACUAAAAAAAUGUAUAGUUAAUGAAAUUAAGAGCCCCGUGGACAGAUUAAACCACAGAUUGGGCAUAUAUGAGGAGAGAAUUGGUGAACUAGAAGAUAAAUCAGGAAAAUACCCUGGUUAUAGCAGAGGAAGGGAUGGGAAAUAGGAAAAGGCUAAGAAACAUGGAGAAUAGAAUGAGAAGAUCCAACAUAAAGAAUAGGGGAAGGAAGAUAUUUGGAGAUUUUUCCAGAAUUUUAAAGGAGGUAUGGAUCCUCAAGUUAAGAAAGUGUAACAAAUAUCUAGGAGAGUGAAUAAAAACAAGUCUGUUUCUAGACAUAUAGUACAACUACAAAAGAAAAGAGAAAAAUCUAAAAGGGACUAAGAAGAAAAGUUACCUGCAAAGGAAUAACUACGCUGGUAGCAGGCUUUUCAAUGGCAGCAAUAUAGGCCAGAAGACAAUAAAAUAAGUUGUAAGUGUUGAAAAGAAUUGAUGUUAAAAAAAAAAAGAAAAAAGGAUGUUAGCCUUGAAAUCUAUACAGAGACAAAUUAGCAUUCAAAUGAGAGGGUGAAAAACACAUUUUCAGAUUUUCCUGAAAGAACUCAUAGGAUUUAUUCCAGAAAGAAGGCAGUUGAAUCCAAAAGGAAGGAGUGGACUGCAAGAAGCGUGGUGAACAAAGGAAUUGGUAAACGUGUUGGUAAACAGACUGAAAUUAUACUCGUGUAAAAAAAAGAGUAAGUACUAACUCAUAAGGAAUCAUCUUCAAGAUACAAUAAAUGAAAAAAGAGGUUGAUGACUAUGUA